GUCAUCCGUUCGAACCUUCGCUCCGCCCAAUUUUCCAUCAAUUUUUUUCCUUCUUCUUCUCCGGCAAGCCAAACCGCCAUGGACAAAGCAGAGUCAGCUGCUCCUCGCCGGAAGGGAAGGUUCAAGCCCAAAGCUCCACCCAGAAAGCCCAAACCUACAACUGAGGAUGAAGUUGCUGAGAUAGAAGAAAGAGAAGCCAAGGCUCUGCUUCGAAGGCUCCAGGAGAAGCAGGCAAGACGUGCUCCUAGAUCCGAAAAGAAAUCUGCUGUGGAAGUGGCAAUUGGUCCUGGAGCUCAAUCUUCAGGCCCCCUGAGGUUGUAUGGGGUACCAAAGGUAGAAAAUUUUGAUCAAGGGAGCAGCUUAGAAGUGAAAGGCUCUGACGAUGAUCAGAUUCUGUCACCUUCACCUUUGGCUACCAGGGGACCUGGAACUUAUGCGCCUAUGGAUAUUGAUAUUGCGGAUGCAUCAUUUUCAAAUGUCAAGAAUCAGUAUAUAGAGAUUUGGGAUUAUGAGAACAGCAAAUAUCCUACUAGUCUUCCACUUAGGAAGCCCUACUCUGGAGACCCAGACAUUCUAAAUGAGAAGGAAUUUGUUGAGGAUGCUGCAAAAGAGUAUGAUGAGAGUACUAUAAAUUGUGCUUCAGAACUUGGGCUGCAGGAUCAAAAUGUGGAAGAGAAGUUGCUUUUUGUUCAGCUGCCUCCUACUCUGCCAUUUGUAAAGCGAUCUACUACUGCAAAAGGGAAAGAGAAAGUCGGAAGCUCAAUGCCAUCAGAGAAGGUCGUUGGUGCAGCAAAGAAGGGCGGUUGUUUGGAAGAUUUAUCUGAGGGGUAUAUGGGGAAGAUGCUGGUUUACAAGAGUGGAGCAGUCAAGUUCAAGCUAGGAGAUGCACUGUAUGAUGUUUCACCCGGUUCUGAUUGUGUAUUUGCUCAAGAUGUUGCUGCAAUCAACACUGCAGCCAGAAAGUGUUGUGUUCUUGGAGAGCUCGGCCAGCGAGUUGUUAUAACUCCUGAUGUGGAUUCCCUACUAGACGCAACAAUCGAAUUGGAAUGAGGUUAAGCUAGUAAGAGGUUGCCACAACCUGGUAUCGGUGGAGUUUAAUGCAAAUGAGAAACCUGGUAUUGGUAGAUAUGUACAAGUAGAUAUGUCCAUAGAGUCGCAAACGCUGAGCUAGUGAGCUGAGUGGGAUAUAAAGAGUAGCAACCUGUAGUCAUGUAGCGUUGGCACAUUGCAUUAAGAUUUGGUAUGUGGUAGCUGAUCUAGUUGUUAAACAGCGAUAACCGUGGUUUAUGGACCAAUUAUACUGAUAUUGUCUCAACUUAGCCACCUCACAAGUGUUGGGUUUUAAUCACAAAAGGUCUUGGUACAAUUGGUUAUUAUCCACCUAAUUAUAAUCUCUAUUUUUAUUUGUCA